AUUUAAAAAUGGGUGAUGUUGAGAAAGGCAAGAAGAUUUUUGUUCAGAAGUGUGCCCAGUGCCAUACUGUGGAAAAGGGAGGCAAGCACAAGACUGGGCCAAAUCUCCAUGGUCUGUUUGGGCGAAAGACAGGUCAGGCCCCUGGGUUUUCUUACACCGAUGCCAACAAGAACAAAGGCAUCACCUGGGGAGAGGCUACACUGAUGGAGUAUUUGGAGAAUCCCAAGAAGUAUAUCCCUGGAACAAAAAUGAUCUUCGCCAGCAUUAAGAAGAGUGCAGAAAGGGCAGACUUGAUAGCUUAUCUCAAAAAAGCCACUAAUGAGUAAUAGUUGGCCACUGCCUUAUUUAUUACAAAUGUCUCAUGACUUUUUUAUGUGUACCAUAUUUAAAUUGAUCUCAUACACCAGAAUUCAGAUCAUGA